AUGCACAUGUGCAGCAGAGCACAUGCAUGUGCACGUGAGGCCACGCGUGUGCACAGCACCGUCAGCCAGGACGAGAGCGUCGCAGCCGGAGCCAAGGCUGCGGAGGCUCAGGAUUUGGCCGUCUCCGUCUCCGUCUCCAGGAAAGGGUUCCUGGCACUGCUGGGCCUGGCAAUGUUCACGGCCGCGACGGUGAGCGUCUUUGGGAAGAACCACGCCGACUGGCGCUUCUCCUGGUCCUACAUCCUGGGCUGGAUCGCCGUCGUCCUUGUCGUCUCAGCAGGCUGCCGCUCGGGGGUGGUGGAGGUGGAGCGCAGCGUGACGGCGGUGCUGGGCCAGGACGUGGUGCUGCCGUGUCACUACCGGGCGCAGGAGGGCGAGAAGGUGGUGCAGGUGACGUGGCUGAAGCAGGGCCCCGCGGGGCGCAGCGCCGAGCUGGCCGUGCUCAACCUGGAGCACGGCGAGCACGUGCAGGAGUCCUACGCAGGGCGGGUGCUGUGGCGGGCGCCCGGCGCCCUGGAGGACGGCGCCAUCGUCCUCAAGAACGCCGUGCAGGGCGACGAAGGCGACUACGAGUGUCACCUCAUCACAUUCCCCAUGGGCAACUUCGAGGGGCGCCUCACCCUCAAGGUGCUGGACCUCUCGGACGCCUCGGUGCUGGGGCACACGGAGGACUGGCAGGAGGGCAUGGAGGGUGCCACGCUGACCUGCCUGGGUGACGGCAACCCUCCUCCCACCUACAACUGGACACGACUCAUCUCUCCCUUCAUCUACCUGCCCAUCUACCACGAGGUGCGCCAGGUGGACUUGGUCUCGGCCUCAGUGGUGAUGGUGGGCGUCAUUGCAACAGUCCUGCUCUGCGUCCUUGUGGUCGUCAUCAUCGUCAUGGCUCUCUACCACAAGCGCAAGACCAAGCGCAUCUCCGAGAAGUACGAGGAGGAGCUGACGCUGACCCGGGAGAACUCCAUCCGGCGCCUGCCCCCCAGCCACAGCACCGACACACGCACCCAGCUGGAGGAGACACUGCACCUGCGUGCGGAGAGCCGGCAAGGCAGCCUGCGUGGGGGCAGCCUGCGCGGGGAGAGCCUGCGCGGCACCAGCAUCUGCUCCGCCAUGAGCGAGGAGGCCGAGGGGCGCAGCUACUCCACGCUCUCGACAGUGCGGGAGAUCGAGACACAGACGGAGGUGCCGGCGGCCCCGCUGCUGCCCACCCUGGAGGGCAAGGAGCCCAAGGAGGAGGAGGAGGACAGCAGCGACAACCCCAUCAAGCAGGCCAUGACCCACUUUGUGCAGGAGAACGGCAUGCUCCAGGCCAAACCCACCACCAACGGCAUUUACAUCAACGGCCGCGGGCACCUGGUGUGA